AUGGCUGAGAUGAUCGGUCCAAGAUUGUACAGUUGCUGCAAUUGUAGAAAUCAUGUUGCCCUUCAUGAUGAUAUCAUCUCUAAAGCAUUUCAGGGUAGAAAUGGUCGAGCUUUUUUAUUCUCCCAUGCCAUGAAUAUCUCUGUGGGGCGUAAGGAAGAUAGGCAGCUCAUGACUGGUCUUCAUACAAUUGCUGAUGUUUAUUGCUGCGACUGUGGUGAAGUGUUGGGUUGGAAAUACGAAAAAGCUUAUGAGGAAUCGCAAAAGUACAAGGAAGGAAAGUUCAUUCUGGAGAAAUCGAGAAUCGUUAAGGAAAACUGGUAG